UCCCGGUUUAGUUUUGUUUUCGGUGAUUUGUAUGAUUUGUAUGUGUUAUUAUUAACAUUGUUUGUCCAAAAGAUGUUUGUGCUAUGUCACCACAGUUUCGUUGGACGUAUGUAUAGUGUAUAAGUUAUACCGAUCUCAUGUUUGGGGGGUUCGUUUUUUUGUAUUUAACGACGACUGGUUUGCUUAAAUGAUCAUUUCCGUGCCAGGUAUAAUUGGCUCUUCAAGCACACUAAUUAAAAUAUUUUCCGCUCUUCAAUUCUUUUAUGCGACCAAACCGACGCGGGGCAGCAGUAGAAUUGUAUAUAUCUGGGAAAAUGAUAAAUAUUAAAUUUAAAUUUGUUUUGUUUUUGAAAUGUAGAAUGAAAUUCCAUCAAACAGUGUCACUGACGUUUAACGGUGCUGGUGUACGGGUGUUUACGGCACCCGUAUACCAAAACCAAAACAACCAAACAUUUAAAAAAGGGGGCAAAGUGUCCAAAAGACGUUGUUAUAAGUGUGCCCGAUAUGGGCACAUUGCCCGGCAAUGUCUCGCCCCCCGCAAGCCUAAAGGCAACGCUGAUAAGGAGCUGGUCAGUCUUCCACCAUCACCACCUCAAGUUGACCAAAUGGAGGUGAUUCAAGAGGAGGCGGUGGUGGUGGAAGAAUCACCCAAAGUUGGCGUCAACGUUGAGCAGCUUGCUGGGAUGGUGUCCAACGUUGACGUCAGCAAUGAUGACUCACAGCCAUCCAGCUACGAUGAAUGUUGA